UUAUUCAUUGAAGAGUAUAAUAAACACGCAGCUAUCAGCUGUUCGCUGCAUUUCGUUUUUUUCAUCACACAAAAACUUAAGAUAUUGUAUUUUUUUGUAAAAUUAACACAAACUUAACAUGGAAUUGUUCGUACUAAUAGCGCUGAUGUGCCUGAUCAACACAAUCCUUCCAGACUUUAUACGCAACUACAUUAAAAUAUCCCGUUUCUGGAAAGGGGUCAGAGUCAACCCGAAGUUUCAAGCAGAUCUGGAUGCAGCACGCGAGGAGCUUAAUCAGGUUCACAAUGCGCAGCAUUCCGGAGAAUACGCAAAGAAAAUAAAGAUAAUGCGUGCUGAGCGAAAGGUCGCCGAAGCCGAAAGCAUAAUAUUGAUGGCCAAACAAAUGCAGAUGCUUAAGCACUCAACUAUAGACACGGUGGCCUACUACGUAACGAAGGUUCUCUUCUCGCUGAUCGUCAUAAUCGUUUGUGCCCGCCAUCGUUAUUCGCCUGUGAUGAUCUUCGACGAUAGUUUUAGUUUGGCGCCGCUGGGCGGGCUGCUCAGCUUUCCCACUGGUAUUUACAAUGCUAUUUCUGUGCCCACCUGGGCUUUUUCAUGUAAUUUCACAUUUCGCCUGCUGUACGGUUUGGUAAAAAAUUAACGUGUCGCAAAUUCAAUUGUAAUUUGUAUUCUAUUGCAAUAAGAUUUAUUUUAAGUGCUCGACAUAGUUUACAU